UAGAACACAGGCAAAGUAGCUACUCAAGCAUAACUUUUUGCGAAAUAAUCGUGUGUGGGAAAUCGUACAAAAAUUAUUUGUUUCUUUUUUAUUUGCUUCAAUUUCUCUAAUUUGAGACAUAAUGGCUCGUGGUCAUCAAAAAAUCCAAUCACAGGCUAAAGCAGCGGAAAAGCAGUCCAAACUUAAGAAGCAGCAAGGCCAUAGUGCUACUGAACAGAAAAAAGCAGCCCAGAAAGCACUUGUGCAUGUGUGUGUUGUUUGCAAGGCCCAAAUGCCGGACCCAAAGACUUAUAAACAACAUUUUGAAAACAAACACCCUAAAAAUGAUCUUCCAGAAGAUUUGAAAGCUAUAUAAAAUACUAGACAACCAAUUAAGCUACAUUCACUUCCAACAUUAUAUUAUGUGAGACGAGUAUAUUAAUUGUAUUUAGUUUGUUUGUUUUUUAAGUAUCUGUUUUGUAACUUGCAUUAAAAAUCAAAAUCAUUCCACAGGUCGUAAUUGGACUGAAAUGUAAUUGAUGUUGGUAGUGGGUGUGGUGUCGGUGUUACUCUUCAAAGCAGGUGAAAUUAUAAUAUUAUUAACUAGGU